CGACGAAGCCCAAAGAGAGAGAUAGAGGGACGUCAGGGAGACCGGAGACCCACUCCUUUCUCUUUUUUUUUUGCUCUUUAAAUUUUUUCAGUAACAAAGAGAAAUCAAGGGGGUCGGUUUUCGAUUGCCGAACACACACUCUCUCUCCUCCGUUCUUCGAUUCACAUGGGCGACGAGCACAUGUAAUACGACGCGGUCUCGUUUGUUUGCUUCUCUCCCGUCUUCCCUCCUCUUCUGCUGCUGCCACUGCCAACAGUGGGAGUGAGACGACGUUUUCUGCUGGGAUGCUUAAAGGCAGCUCUGGUCACGCUUCUGUGAGAAUCCCGAGAGAGAAACAACGGGGAACGGCGACGAAGGAAGAGGAAAGGACUCGUCUUUCCUUAUAACAGCGAAGGAAGAAGAGGAAAGAUAUCGCCUUUCCCUUCGUUUAAUGUUUAAUCCCCUGUUCCUGCCUGCCACUGUGAAAUAAAUCAAGAAGGAAGGAAGAACAACCAGAGGAAAAGAAAGGAACUCGUAUGACCUCUCUAUCGGAUGGUUGCAGAAUUGGGGGAGCUUUGGAGCGGAGAUCCAUGUCAUGAGAUGAAAGGGAAGGGAAGAAGUUCAUCACGCAUGGAUUGCAAUUGAGAGUACCCCAUUGGAGUGUGACAAUGGGCCAGAUAUAUAUGGAUGAUCAGGAUGUGCUUCAAGAUGAAAAAGCUACACCUGUUAACUCAAAUAAUGAUGUUGGACUCGAAGAAGAUGAUCUUUCAGGUACCACAGCAUCAAAGCACAAGGAGUUUGAGAAGGUGAUUGGUAAGCAUUCUUUGAUUCUUGAUGUAAGAAGGCCAGAUAAUAGUCGAAGAUGCAGCCAAAAUGCACGUUCAUGCAGCAACGAACUGACCAUUCUAGAUCAUAUCAAUUUUUCUAGUCUUGAUACGGACCUCACCCAAUAUUGUGGUGCCACCGAGUAUGGAGCAUCUGAUUCACCAAAUAUUUUCCAUAGGACAGCAUCCUUUUUUAAGAUCCCUGUUAAUCUGAGGUCCAUGGAGUUUUUCAUAAAAAGCUUAAAACGCCAUAGAAGAAUAAAAAGUGCAAAUUAUACGGUAGAAUGCACAUUGGAACCUGGGACAGGAAAUCUAAUCGUUAGUCCUUUGGGACAAUGGGUAUCUGAUUCAAUGGAGAGGACAGGCGAGACAAGGUCCCUAAUGAAAAGCUCACAUGUUUCCCAUUUGGGUGCUGCAGUUUGUAGCACAAGCACAGGUAGAGCAAUUUCAUUCAAUCUCACACAGACCAAUUCUUCAGAAUUGACUAGCUCUCCUUCUGGCCUCUGUAGAAAUUUAGCCCAAGAGCCUGAAACCAAUAUAAUACACCUUGAAAAAUGGAACUCUGAGUUGAAAAUUUCUGAUAAAAUACUUGUUUCUUGCGCACAUACAAAGCCGGCAUGUUCCCACGAGUAUACUUCAGCUGCAAAGCAUUUUGGUUCCAAAGCGCAACUACAAUGUAAAUGGAAGAAUGAGACUCCUCAUUUUGUAUUCACAGUGGGUGAUGAUUUCUGCGAGAUAUAUAUGGCCAAUCCUCAUAAGAUAAAAUCUUCUAUUGGUGAGGCCUUGGAUUACAUCUACUUGUUUCAUUCAAUGGCAGGUAGCAAAACUGAAUUCAGAAACUGUGGGGCUAAUGCAUCGGACUUUGUUGGUAAGAUGAAAGUAUCAAGCUCUCUAAUUCUUAAUGCGAAUUGGUCUAAAAUCAUGGAGACAAAGUUUGUUUUAUUUGCUGCCAACAGUGACCAUUCUAGGGAAAUGCAAAAUUCAGCUUCUGCUCUCAUGAAGCACAAGGGGUUGCCUAAGAAGGAGGGAGGCAUAUUUAGACCGAGUCAUUCGCCCAAACAUAAAUCUACCUGCAGUAAUGAAAUCAGGCCUCAGUCUAAGGGCUUGUCAGGGGAACUAUGUCCUAAUGAAGUUAGCAAUUAUGACAAAUCAGAUCUGGUCAAUCACCUUGAAAGUAACUGCACACCUGAUCUUGAGUUGGCUGCAAUCAUCAUAAAAGAUUAUCUGCAUGAUAACAGUAUAGAGACUGCAACUGGUGGGUGGGGCCUUAAAUUUCUUGAGAAGGCUACAGUCAGUCAUGCUGACGCAUCUCUGGAGCCCUCACUUUCAUUUCAAAGCAGCGAAGAAAACCAUGGCAGGAAUGGAGGGGAACCUGCAAAACGUUUGAAUGUUCUAGUCCCAGCAGGUUUUCAUGGUGGUCCAAUCACCAGAAUUGGUGGCCCAUCUAGUCUUAUUGAAAGAUGGAGAUCUGGUGGGCAUUGUGAUUGUGGUGGGUGGGAUAUUGGCUGUCCUCUCACAAUACUUAACAAUAACAGCAACAGCAACAACUCCAUCCAUUCGAAAUCUUUGCUUGGAGGAGCAACAAGAGGACUGCAACUCAGUCAAUCUAUUCAUAGAGGGCACAAGACAGAGAAAACCAGUUUUGAAGAUGGUGGAUAUGAACAAUGGCCAGUACUUUAUCUACUUCCAGUCUACUCUUUCGGCUUUGCAAUCUUUCUCCAUUGCAUUGUCAAUCAUCCACUCUCAGAUACCUGCUCUCUAUCAAUAACCGUAAACAUCAUCUUGGCUGAGGUUUAUGCAUUUUUACCCAUCCAAUCUUUUGGUUUAGCUGUUACUAUACUAAAUGGAAGAAAAUCUACAAUAUACAUACUUCAAUGUAUAUGUGUACCAUUCUUCAUUCUCUUUUUUUUAGCGGUUGCUAUAUGCUUGAUGUAUAGAGGGACUAAUCUGUUGUCCCUUGCUUGGACGUCUCUUACAAUUUUUUUGAUCUUAUUUAGUAAAUUGAGACAGGCUCAUCUGCAUACAGUAACUGCUUUCAAAUAAUUGGACUCGUGUGCACUGUGUUCUGCGGUUUUAGCCAUAUUAUGAUAUUCCUGAGCUUGUGCACUAUUUUUGUAUGAGAUGAACCUAUGUUAGAGGUAAAUUGGAGCACAAAAUUGUUAAGAGCGAGUCUAUCAUCAAUA